UAAGGAUGCUUAAAGUGUGUUUUUCCCCCUCAGGUGUCGAUGAACAACUACCUGGCUCUGAAGGAGUUCCUGCGUCUGUUUCCAGAGUUCAGCAAGAACCAGCUGUUCCUCACUGGAGAAAGUUACGGAGGAAUCUACAUCCCGACGCUCGCUGAGAGAGUGAUGGAGGAUGCCAGCCUCAACCUGCAGGGCGUUGCCGUGGGAAACGGGUUGUCGAGUUAUGAGAUGAAUGAUAACUCUCUGGUGUUCUUUGCCUACUACCAUGGCCUGCUGGGAAGUCAGGUGUGGGCGGAGCUUCAGAAGUUAUGCUGCAGCGACGGAAAGUGCAACUUCUACAACAACCCCAACACGAACUGCACCGACACCCUGUCAGAGGUUCAGCAUAUGGUCUACAGCUCAGGACUAAACAUUUACAACCUGUACGCUCCGUGUCCAGGUGGAGUCCACCAGAGAGUCAGCAUUGAUCAGGGCAAGCUGGUGAUCAGAGACCUGGGGAACUCCUUCAUCAGCCACCCGGAGACUCGGCUGUGGAACCAGAAGUUACGAAGUCUGACGUCUCUGCACCUGUCCGUCCGUCUGGACCCCCCCUGCACCAACUCCACCCCCUCCACCCUCUACCUGAACAACCCGUACGUCCGAGCCGCUCUGCACAUCAGCGCCAAGGCCCUGGACUGGGCCAUGUGCAGCUCUGAGGUGAAUCUGAAAUACGGUCGUCUCUACCUGGACGUCAGGAAACAGUACCUGAAGCUGCUCUCUGCUCUGGUCAGUCAACACAACACACCUGUAC